AUGGACUUUGUGGAAAAACUGGGCUUGAAACCCUUGCCUUCGACACCUGGCGCCUGGAAGCAGAGAUCUGCCCGCUAUUCAAAGAGUCGCAUGGCGAAGUUGGCAGCAGAGAUGGGGACGAUUUUUGGCUCGAUGAUUCUGAAGGAGAACGCUGUUCUUGGCCAGACGCGAGAACCUCUCGAACCUCCGACUUCUUGGGACGCUGUACUUUCCGCCCAAUUUGAGGUAUCCGGCGAGGGAUGGCACUCAGGGAUAGGAAAUCUCUUAGGAAACUCCCCGAAACAAAUGGUCAUCCAGAUCCUCGCGACCCCGACACCCCGCAUGCUGAUGGUCGGCCUGAUCACCUAUGGCAUCGGGGCGUCGAUGCUGUAUCACAUGAACGACAGACACAAACAUCAAGAUGCCGUUAUAGCGACGGGAAUCGUGAUCGGGGUAUGUCUGGGAAUAUUCAUGGAUAUGGAUGGACAGGCCAUACUACUGCGCAUUCUUCCGUGGGCAGUGCUCAUAGCCUUAUGGCUAAGCGAUAUGGGGCAUCAAUACUUCGGGACUUACAAUGCUCAACUAGCAACGGUUAGCACGGCGAUUUGGUGA